AUGAAAAUAGCAAAGAAUGAAGUUAGCAAAGGGAAGGUGCAAUUAAGGACGAGAACUUCGAAAGCAGAUGCCACUUACCCUUGGGCAUCGUCUAUCACGAAGCGAUCGUCAUUAAGAUAUCAUAUUUCUAAGACGUUCUUCAAAUACGUCAGCCUUUAUUGCGAACAAUCCACAUUGGUGGGUUACAAGUAUUUGACCGAGCCAGGUAGAACGUGGAUCGAAAGGAUCAUAUGGAUCGCAGUGCACGUGUCGACUAUAUGCAUAUUGGUGUAUUUCGUUAUCGAUGCCUAUACAGCAUUCACAACAUUGCCAAUGGUAACGUCAGUCGAGUCGGAUCAUUAUCCCACCAAUGAGAUCACGUUUCCAGCCAUAGCUAUCUGCAGUAUCAACAGGAUAAGUCGGCAAUCUGCCGUGAAAAUGGCUACGAAAGUUUAUAGAUCGAACGUCACUGAAUUGUCCAGCGACGAAAUAUUAGAAUUGAUCGAACAAUUGGGAGAUGCAUAUAAUUCGAUGCACAAGUUCGAAGUGACACGAUACGACGAAUUGAAUAAUCUUUUGUUGGAUUUUUAUGAGGGCGAUUACGACAUGGAAGCCAUAAUGAAAGAAUUGACACCACAGUGUACUCAUAUGCUGAACAAAUGUUUGUUCAACGGGAAAGAAUAUAAUUGUACGGAACUUUUUACCUUCGAAAAAACACAGGACGGAUUUUGUUGUACCUUUAAUUACAUAAUAAAAGGCAAUGGAAACAACUACAAGGAACCAAUGAAAGUGAGAACUGUGAAGGAUUUAGGAGUCGAACGUGGUCUUACGGUCGUAAUGGAACCUUUCCUGGACGAUUACUUUUACACUGUUCUUCCCGUUAUCGGAUGGAAGGUGACGUUGUUUAAUCCGACCGAUUAUCCCGAUAACAUCAGCGGUGGUGUCACCGAGGUGCUCGUUUCGCCGUUAUUGGAAUCCUACUUGGAAAUCGAGGCUGUAUCCUUCUACAGCACCGGUCAAACCAAAUCGUAUCCAAUUUCAAAACGGAAGUGCAUAUUCCCUAACGAGAUUCGAACUAGUUAUGGUGACUACAGUUAUAGCGAUUGCUUGGUCGAUUGCAGGGAACAGCAAAUAUGGAAAAUGUGCAAGUGCAUACCGUUUUAUCUUCCAACACGUACCGGAGUUCACUCUAAACGUGGAAGAAGAGCUUGCACGUUGACAGACAUGUCCUGUUUAAAUCAUUACAAAUCUGAUUGGUUGACAGUAUUUCCUCACGAAGAUGAGACAUUCAAUAUCACGAUGAACGAUUAUAAAUCGUUACGUUGUAAACGUUGUUAUCCGUCAUGCGAAGACUUUACUUAUAUUAUGCACAGUUCAUUCUCCACAAUGAAACCUGGAUUUUACGAGACGCCAUUCUUAAACAAACUCGAUAUCGUCGAUCAAAGUAUCAUUCACGUAUUCUUUUCUAAUUAUGGCUCGGUCAGAUUGAAACAAGAUAUAUCUUACACCUGGUACGAACUUUUGAGCGAUAUCGGUGGUAUUUGUGGGGUCUUCAUUGGAUUCAGUCUCAUAAGUGUCAUCGAAUUAAUAUAUUUCUUCAUUCUUUUACUUUUCGAUCUAUACAAAAAUUACGAUCCAAAUGGCGAGGAAAUCGAAAUAGAAAUUCCACGAAAGGAGACAACAACUUAUACGAUAUAUUGGAACGAAUUGGUGCCGAAAACUAGAACGAUAGAAGAUCCAUUACGUCAUCGAAAAAUCGAACGAUACUAAUUAAUUACUUAAUUAUUAAUAAUAAUCUCUUCGUAAUAAUUAUCACGAUGUAUAUUAAUAUCGUCAGGAAUAUCAAUGA